AAAAGACACCAUGCCUCGGCUAACGAUGCUACCCAGGACUUCUAGGAUUGUAGCACUAUGUUCAGCAGCAAAUUUUAUCAAUGCAGCAGACAGGGUCAUCAUGCCUAUUGCUAUUGUUCCGAUGACAGAUCAAUACAAGUGGAAUUUGCACUGGCAGGGCUGGAUAUUGUCAGCUUUUGCAUUUGGAUAUUUCACUAGUCAAAUUAUUGGAGCAAGUACAGCAAACCGAUUCGGUUGCAAGACAGUCUUAAUGUCUGCAGUUUUAUUAUGGUCAAUUAGUACCGUUGUCACACCACUUUUAGCUCAUUCAGUUCCAAUGCUUGUAAUAUGUCGAGUGAUCCUUGGACUCGGAGAAGGUUUAGGUCUUCCAGUCAUUUUUCACCUCUUUGCCCACAAUGUACCUGUUGAAGAACGAUCCCGUGCAUUUGGUUACCUGGUAGCCGCAGGAUCGGUUGGCCAAGUUGUUGCUUCCGUUCUAUGCCCACACAUGGCUUGGCAAAGUGGUUUUUAUCUUUUCGGAAGUUUAGGAAUUGCGUGGACAAUGUUGUGGAUGAUGCUUUAUAGGGAGUCAAAUACGCAAGAUGAAAUUCCAUUGUUCCUACCAAAGGUGGUACAGAAUCGAAGCAUGCACUGGUCAGAGUUGAUCACACAUUGGCCACUCUGGUCGCUGUACAUAGCUCACUUUGCAAUGAAUUGGAGUAACUAUAUCAUUAUGCAAUGGCUACCGACCUAUUUAUCGAGAAAUUUAUCUGCCAACAAAGAAAGCAUCAGUUUAACGGCCUUACCAUACAUAGUGAACUCACUUGUUGGAAUAGCCGCUGGGCAUAGUGCAGAUAAUUUGAUACAAAAAAGGUGGUCGGUGUUGUCAGUAAGACGACUGAUGACAAAUGUUGGUCUUAUUGGACCUGGAGCAUUCUUGCUAGCCUUCUGCGCCGUCGACAAUUUGCUCGCAGCUGUGAUAUUUGUGUCGAUUUCAAUGGGACUCUGUGCUUGCAAUUCGGCAGGGCAUCUGAGCAACCAUGCCGAUGUAGCACCUAAUCACGCAGGCAUUACUUUUGCCAUAUCCAAUACCAUAGCUACCAUACCUGGUAUUCUCUGUGGUCCUUUGACAGCGGAGUUAGUGACAACGUCCCAGGGCCGAUGGAUGCCAGUCUUCGUUUUGGCAGCUGCAGUGAAUUUUACAGGUGCCAUAAUUUAUCAAACACACAGUUCGGCAUUGCAAGUGUUAUAAUAAUCGAUUUCUAUGAAAAACAAAACUACUAAACAAAAAAAAGUGCCGAUAUAACUACAAAGAAAGUGAACUAUUCAAAUCAUGUAAACCAAGGAUGUCGAAAGGUCGAAGGAUCGUAUUGAAUUUAAGAUCUUUUGUCGUCACGCGGAUCGAGGUAUGUAUAGCUUUAUUGUUCAAGCGUAAAAUAUUGAACGUAAAGUUAAUUUGAUCGUAUAAUAGUAAAGGUGAGAUAAUCGAAACGAACUGUGUCGCCGUGAGAUUGUUAUGGAAAUAUCCAAAAGAAAACAAAAAAAAUCAGAGCUCGUACAUAUGUAUCGAAAAUUAUUUUCGUGCGUACACAAAAUAUUUAUGACUUUGAAUAAACUACUUCAUAAGUGCAUAAACAUACACAUCAAUAUUUUUAUCUACGAGGAUCGCAUUGAAGUUAUGGAGUGGUUGUGAUGAGGAAUUAUUAUACUUCUGGAUCUUUCACUAAAUUUUCUCUCCUCUUUGCUCGUAUCUCGACCUGAUUCCGUCCCUUUUCUCUGUUCUGUUGUAAAUCAGUAAAAUCCCAUAUACUGCGGUAUCAAGGAUUCAUUUGAAUAAAUUGAAACAUUUCUGUGGUGAGCUCAAGUUCACUUCAGCAUUUCUAUGUUGUGAGCGUGAACUCAAGCCUAUUGAUUGCAUUGAUGAAGUUUAAAAGGUAAAAUUAGACUUACUUGACGAUAGUUAGAAUAAAUAAUAUAAGGACACAGAAGCCAGUAUUUGAUGAAUUUGACUGAGCAAAUUGUUUAUUUAAUUAUCAUAGAUUUUAAGUAAUAGUUCUCUGUUAUGAAAUAUUGAAAAAAUACACAUAAAGCCAUCCCGCUGUGUAUUGAUGACAGUGUACAUAUGUAUGUAUCUUUAUUAUUAAUUUUACACGAAGCAUCCACGUGCGAUUUUAUCAACAAUAUUUUGAAGAAACUUAUCAAAUUAUAUUUAUACAAAAAGCACUUGAAAUUUCAGCCAUCUGACAUCACUGAACACAUUUCAUGAAUUACCUUUGUGAACAGUGCAGUCUAGAGAAGAAAAAAUAAUAAUAAUGAUGAUAUAUGCCAGUCAAUAUUUUUGUAAUUCAUACAACAAAGCAUCUUUCACAACGAGCAUAUGCAUUGACUGAAAAACGUUCAGUUAUAGUGAGUCGUUUCAACUUCCCGAACAAACGACGGACUGUUAAAAGUUAUUGUCAUUCCAAAUGUGAAUAACCUCCUUUUUUUUCCAAUAUAUUGACUAAUAUUGUCAACUGUGGGUCCUUGGCUGUGUUGAGAAAAAUAUAUGACUGAACUUAUUCAGUAAAAAUGAAAAA